GUCAGAUAGCGUUGCCGAUAACGCGGCUACCGGAAGUUCUCGGAUUUUUCGCUAUUGUACUCUAUGGCGGCAGUAGCAAUGGCUACUUCUUUGGCGAUCAAACCCCUGCGGCCUCUUGACGGCGAUCAAUCUUACAGGAAAAUCCAUUUUCUCCGGCCAGCGACGUGUUCAUCCGCUUCUCGUUUAUGUUUGUUCCCCAUUGCUUCGAAGAAACGCGAGAGCCAAGGAACUUUCGCGGCAUCAGAAGAGUCCUCUUACUCCGUUCUAGCCGCUGUCACGAGCCGCUACAACGAAAUCGUUGUUCUGGACACCCCCGAGACUAGGAUUCUGCUUCUCGAUUCCUCCCACAAUGUUCAUAGCAUUCUUUGUAAGGAGCAAAAAUGGACAGGCUCAUAUUGGGAUGAGUUUGCUAGCCUUCCGGCUAUUGUUCCACAAGGUCCUAUUGCUAUCUUAGGUUUGGGUGCAGGAACUGCUGCUCAUUUGAUGCUGGACUUGUGGCCUUCAAGACGUGUUGAGGGUUGGGAGAUUGAUGGAAUCUUGAUUGACAUAGCAAGGGAAUAUUUUGCGCUAUCUGAUUUAGAGAGGUGCACGCAAGCUGGUGGCUCACUUUCAGUACACAUUGGUGAUGCACUUUCUCCAUCUGCAGAUAUUGAAGGAGGCUUUGCGGGAAUCAUUGUUGAUUUGUUUUCCGAUGGAAAGAUUUUACCACAAUUACAGGAGGUUACUACAUGGUUGGAUAUUGAGAAAAAACUGAUGCCUCAUGGUCGUAUUAUGGUCAAUUGCGGUGGUGCACAAGCUGAAAUAACAGAAAGCGGAUAUAUAAAAGUAAAUGGAAAUAUUUCAUCAAAAGGAUCCUGGGUGAAGAAUUCUACAAUCCAAGCCAUGUGUAGAGCAUUUCCCGGCAAGUUAAGCUGGAAGAGAAUGGACGGCCAAACAAGUGGAAACUAUCUUGCUCUCACAGGGCCGGUUCUUGAUUUGGAUGCUUGGUCGGCAACCUUGCCUCAUCCAUUAAACGUGAACGUUAAAGAUUGGAGGCCUUGCAAGCUUGCCGGAUAAGUCUUCACUUUCUAAGCUUCUGUUCAAUAUUGAUUGGUAGAUUGUUUUUUUCUUUUUUUGAAUUUGCAAUUUGUUAAGGGGUUCGAACUUCUGCAACGAGUUCUACAACCUGGUCACUAAUUUCUCAUUUGCUGCUGGCAAAGCAUGGUGCGUACAGGUAUGACGUUUUUUGGGUAAGAAUUUAUUUUGAUUCCCGAAACAAUUUUAUAGUUAUUGGCAUUUUU